AUGACUGACUACAACAACCAACGCAUCGACGCUCAAGACUUGACUUCAAGGCUUGUUUCGUUCGAACACCAAUCCAACAUCAACAACAGUAACUCGGGCAGAGACAAUGAAGAAACCUCCUCCUCCUCAAUACUGUCCCAGCGACGUCCCCGAUCCACCUCCAUCGACAGUGGCGUCAUGCCUCGUUUCACCAAAUCAGCAACAGUUUCCACAACUGGCACCAAUGACUCUCAAUAUUCCCAGUAUUCUGGCCUUCGCGUCAUGCGGGCUGAGCCCAGCUCCAAGACACAUGCUGAAAGUGUCGGCGUCGCACCAGGCGAGUUCAGCAAGCCGCGUGUUCACAAGCGCAGCCGCAGAGACACUCAGAGCAGUGUUGGAAGCGGCAAGAGUGCAAAGAGUGGGGAUCCCAAGGAAUUCAAGUACUAUGGUCGACACAGCAACCAGUGGCUGUUCAACGACUUUAGUGUCACCGAUGCUGUGUCCAAGGGCUUCAAGAGGAUCUUUAGCAAGGACAACAGUAGGAAGGACUGGUACGAGGACAGGGAGCAUUAG